CUGAGCCUGUCGCUGAGCUCAAAUGCACUGUCUGUUUUGCCCGCCAACAUGACCUAUGUGGUAGAAAUAGUUACCAUGCCGCCCACUGACCACAGAGCGCUGAGCAGACGGCGGUAAUAUUUGUUUUCGCGCCUGGACAAAGGAGCGGCCGAAGUCCCAGAGCCGGAACCUAACGGCGAAGGCAAGAUGCAGCCUGGUCCACCGGGCCAGAUGAACAUGCAGCCGGGCGUGCCUAUGAGCAUGGCGCCGGGCGCGCACCCGAUGGCCCCGGGCGGCAACCCUAUGGCCCCAGGCGCGAUGGCUCCGGGAAUGGCGCCGGGCCCCAUGCAGCCUAGCAUGGCUCCAGGGCCCAUGGCGCCCGGCCACAUGGCGCCGGGGCCUAUGGCGCCGGGGCACAUGGCGCCAGGCAUGGCGCCGGGGCCGAUGGCUCCCAACGCAAUGGCGCCGGGCGUGGCGCGGGCCCCGCCGCCCGGAAUGCCCGGGCACCCGCCGCCACCUGCCGGCAUGGCGCCAGGCCCCAUGCCGCAGCACUCCAUGGCGCCAGGGCCCAUGGCGCCCGGCCCCGGGCCCAGCCCGAUGAUGCGGCCGGGGGCGCCGCUGCCGCCGCCGCCCCAGCAGCAGCAGCAGCAGCCGCACGGCAUGCCGCGGCCGACCAUGCAGCCGGGGGCGCCGCCGUACGGCAUGCCGGGGCAACAGCCCGCCUCCGUCAUGGCACCGGGCGUGAUGGCGCCGGGGCCAGCCGCUGGGCAGCCGCCGCCAGCGGCCCAGCCGCAGCAGCACCACUACCAGCAGCCGCAGCAGCCGCAACAGCCGCAGCAGCCGCAGCAGCAGCCGCAGCAGCCGCAGCGGCCAAUCAUUAAGCAGGAGCCGCAGGCGCACGCCGGCGGCCUACCCAUGCCUGGGCAGCAGCAGCAGCAGCAGCAGGCGGCUGCCGCGGCGGCCGCGCGGGCACCGCAGCCCGGGGCCGCGCCGGCGGCGGCCCCGGCGACAGGAGCGCAGGCGCAGGCGGCGGCGGCUCUGGCGGCCAACCCCUUUUUACUAAUCCUGCAGCAGCAGCUGCAAAAGAAUCCCAGCGCCGCCGCCACGCAGCAGUUUCAGCAUCUGGCGUCGCUGCUGGGUCCCAACAUGCAGAACCUGGUGCAGCAGCAACAGCAGCAGGCGGCGGCGCAGGCGGCAGCCGCGGCGGCCGCGGCGGCGGUGGCGCAGCGCAACAAGCAGCAGCAGCAACUCAAGCCAGGCAUUAAGAAGGAGGGCGGCGUGCCGGGCAUGCCCGGAACGGCCGCUGCCUCCAUGCCGGCGGCGGCGGCGCCGGUCGCCGCCGCGGCGGCGGCGGCGGCGCUCAACCCAGCUAUGGCGGCGCUCGCAGCCGCACAGCGUCCCGUCAGCCCGCGGCCGCCGGGUAUGCCUGGGGCGCCCGCGGUGCCGGUGGCUCCAGGGAUGCCGGGAGCGGCAGCGGCGGCCGUGCGGCCGCCGGGGCAGCCCGCGGCGCCGCUGGCAGGCGUCCCCGGCGCCGCCGCCGCCGCCGCGGCUGCCGCCGCCGCCGCGGCGGCGGCGCCGCGCGCGCCGUACAAGUCAGAUCUCGCGUACGCCCCUGACGGCAGUGUAAUUGUCGCUGACGACGAUGACGCCGACGCCGACGGCGGCGGGGGCGGCGGCGGGGCCGGCGGCGGCGCAGCCGGCGGCGGCGGCGCUGGCGGGCGGCGCGGCAAACGCGCCCGCGGUGAUGACGACGGGCCGGAUGACCAUUUGGACAUGCUUAAGGGCAUUGUGGAUGUGGACGCGGAGGCGGAUGACGGGCUGGAGGGCGGCGCGGUGGGCGACUUCACGCCGGUGGACGUGCAGGAGGAGUACGUGCUGAACGCCGACCCCACACUGGUGCGGGUGCGCGACGUGGCGCGGCGACACGGCGGCGUGCGGCGCCUGGCCCCCGACGUCUUCCCCUACCUGGCCCUGGCGGUGGAGGCUCACCUGACGCAGCUGCUCCGCGGCGUGGGCCGCAUGGCGUCGCAGCGCGGCGACCCCGGCCGCGCCGCGCUGCCGCCCGGGCUGGUGGCUCGCAGCGGCGUCAACGCGCAGCACCACAUCCAGCGCCUGCGCAAGGCGGACGAGGUCAAGAUGGCGGCGAAGAAGGAGCAGGAGGAGGAGGCUCUGAAGCAGGGCCUGCUGACCAAGGCGGACGGCGGCGGCGCCACCCGGGCCGCCGCCGCCAACAUGAACGAGGCGGACAAGCAGGCGGCGGCGCAGCUCAAGGCCAAGGAGGUGCAGAAGGCGGCGCAGGCCAAAGCCACCGCCACCAUCAACACCAUCUUCCAGGGCAUCAAGCGCAAAAAGACCUUUGUCAAGGGCGCAGCCGCCGCCGCCAACGCAGCCGCAAACGCAGCCGCAGGGGCAGCCGCAGCGGCGGGGGCGGCUGGCGCCGCCGCCGCGCCCGCGGCGGGUGCGGCGGCACCAGCCGCAGGCGCGGCGCCCGGCGCGGCGGCGUCGGCUGCUGCUGGAGCACCUGCGGCGGCGCACCCGGGCGACGGGGCGGCGGCGGGCGAGUCGGCUGCCGCGGCGGCGGCGACUGCGGCGGCGGCGGCGGCGAACCGCGGGCCGGUGCACUUGCGGCUGAGUGACCUGAUCGCGGUCAUGUCGGCGGACCCGCAGCUCAACAAGCACCCCCUGUUGUACACGUGGCAGGCGGGGGCGGGGCUGUCUUAGCAUGUGCGUGUGCGUGUGCAUGUUUUGUUGGUGGAAAAGGUUGUUGAUAGGUUGUUGGUGUGGGCUGGUUUGAGGGGGAUGGCACGCGUGUGCGGGGCGCUUCACAUCAGGGCGGUUCGGCUGGCGUGCACAGAGUCGCAUCGAUGAGUGCGAGAUAGGAUUGCGACGACUGCGAAGCGCGGCUGCGGAGAGGAUGUUGGUAACAGCGUGGCGCGAUGCCGCUCCAGCGUUGAACGCUCCUGAGCGGGGAGGUGGAAAGAGGUGGCGUGGAUGCGGCGCAUGCGGGGAUCGCGUGUAAUUCCAGGUGCCCCUGAUGUCGAUGAUGGGAUGGUGCCAACGAUCCAUUUCUGUUGGCGGCGUAUUGCUGAAAGAAGAUGGUCUGGCAGCGAAGACACUGACACGAGCGGGCGAGGAUGGGAGGCCGCAGUUCCCCUGUCCCGCAAGAGGAAUGCGUC